AAUUCACAGUCACAACCACGACGGUUCACCACUUCUCCCUGAUCUGAUCUCUCAAGAUCACCGCCGCUGCGCCUCACACCGUCCGCCCUCUGCAGCACUCCAGUCGGCGGUCACUCCCUACUCCCUCUCGCCUCAGUCGACCUCACUUCAUCGACUCAGCCGCGAUCGUACGAGACUCAAGCACUCAGCGGCUCUGCGGAAGGACCUCACGCCUCCGCUUCACUGUAUCAAAUUCAAGGCUCAAGUAUUAGGCAUUUAAAAGGUUACAAUGGAUGCCACAAUGAAGGAGUUCCAAGAAAAGUUAAUUGAGGUUGAAAUUGAAGGCGAGAACAUUUUAUUGGCACGGCAGCAGUUAGUUGAAAAUGAUAGGGAAAGGAAUGGAAACAGGGAAGCAUUGACAGCAUUAAGGAAGAGAGCAAAGACAACAAAAUCCAGCGUUCCUUCACCUUUUGAGUCGAUAAUGAGGGAGAUUGAGACGAAACCGUUGGUGAGAGAGGUUUGUUCAACUUGUGGCAACCAUGACGUGAAGGAGACAACUUGGCUUAUGCUUCCUGGAACUGAUAUUUUUGCUAGUGUUCCAUUUCAUGCUGUCCAUACCAUUCUUGAGCAAGAUCAAACUCGACUGGAUUAUGAAGCUAAGAAACUUCAAAGCUAUGUAAAGGAGAAGUCGUUUAUCAUAUCUGAGAAAGGAGUUCUUGCUGACAGUAUCAGCCCUGGCGUUCUUAGAUCUAUGGUCACCUUGUCUGAUACACCAAAGAAAGCUAAGCCAACGGAAUAACUCCUUCCUGCAUUCAAACAACCAGUUCCCUUGCUUCACUCUCCAUUAUUCAUAAUUUUAGACCGAAGCAAAUCUAUAGCGAUAGCAGUGUACCCGUGCUUAUAUAGAGGUAUUGUGUGUCGCUUCUCUCCCAUCUCCAUUAUGGAUUUCUAGUUUAAAAUUUGAAUGUGAAAAGGGUGUGUUUAGUAAUUGAGAAUGCUUUUCAUUUAUCUCUAGAAAAUUUGUUUUCUAGCA